AUGGUGUUCUCAUACGAUAUUACCCCGCCAAAAGUUAAAUUCUACCAAACUCUAGUUCACAGAUAUGGAAUUACUCGACCAGUCGUUCCAGUGACUUCUCACCAAGUGUAUACGCAAACUUAUCAUGACACUUCGUCCGCUAAUUUGAUCACCACCUAUAUUUUCUUGAUUUUGUUCUUAUCUUUGUGCUACAGAUUAAUUGAUAAGGCGUUUUUCCAAGGCCGAUUAAUAAACAGCAUUUUCAAUUUCGAUGAGGAAGAUUUAGACCCCAUAUUUGAAAAUGAGUCUGAUGACGUCGAUAACAGCAAAUCUAAUGAUAAGGAUUCAUACUACUUUGAUGACUCAGAAGAAAAGGAGAAACAGGAUGAACAGAAAGAAAAAGUUUCAAAAGUAACUUCUCAAUCAGAAAACGCAGAAGUCAACAUGUCCUCAUAA